AAAAAUUAAAAAGGGAACUACCAGGACGUUUUUUUUUACUGCGCCCUUCAUGUCUGGCGAUAAUGGCUAGUAGAAAACGCGCAUGGGAUUUCUUGUAUUUUAUUGUUUUCGGUGUCCGUGCUGUAUUUUGUGACUUUGUCUUUGUUCAGACUGGACAAAAUCAGACUUUGAGUCCUGGAAUAACAAAUAAAAUGGACACCAUUCUGUGGAAACACAUAAACAACAAAGUUGUUGAAUAUGAAAAUGGCAAUAUUGAGUGGUAUCGAUUUAAGGGAAAGGCACUUUUCAAUAAGGAAACUGGAAAUCUCACACUUCUCAGAGUUGAUGCAACUUACGAGGGCACCUUUGAGUAUGAGAUCCAGGUGAAUGGACAGCUAAGGCAAAGCAAAUAUGAGAUUAGGGUGAUUGAUGGCAUCUCAAAGCCGAAAGUGACAUGUCAGCUAAACAACGUAGAUCCCAAAGCAGUAACGCUCCAGUGCUCCAUUGAUCCGCCACUGCAUGCAGCCUUUAAAUGGACCGGGCCCGAUGGCUUCACCCACAAUGGAGACAACAUUACUGUUGAAAUAGAUGAAACCCUUAAUUCGCUCUAUAUCUGCUAUGUAACAAAUGAAGUGAGCAAAGACUUUGCACAGUUAUCGCUGAAGGACUGUUUCUCAGAUAAUCACAGUCCUCCAAUAACUGCAAUUGUGUUUGGCACUCUUAUACCUAUUAUCCUUGGGAUUAUUGGGUUCUUUGGCUACAGACACUGGAAAAAGGAGGAACCUGCUGUAGCUGUGUCAAAGAGCAAUGGGAAACGUGAAGAAGUGCCUUUAAAUGCUGAAAAGGAAGAAACACAACCUUGUAGUGCUACAUAAACUGCUAUAACAGUGAGAGAAACUCACUAUCUGGCAACAUCAGCAGACAAAUACAGAAUGAGCUCUGGCUUCAGAAUGCAGAAGAUUUAAACCAAAAUCUCUGCAAAAUGCAAAGGAUGAUAUGGAAAACGAUCAAAAACAUGCAUAAUUCAUGUUGGGGGUUGAAGUAAUGUAUGGAAAAUCAUUUACACCUUGCACAUGAGAAAAUAAUCCAAAUUAAACUUCCUCCUUCAUAAAGAAUUCUUUGUUGUUUAAGCAAAAUCAUUUACAGUGGAAAUAUGUGUCCAUAUGUCAUUUAUUAGCAUAUAAGUAACAUGUUAAGAUACUUCUGGCCUUAAGAAUAGCAUGAAUUCAUAUGGGAAUCCAGAUUUAGCCUGAUGCCUGGCCUGGCAUAAUCUGGUCUGUGGUUGUUGAAGCCUGCUUGAAGCCCUGUCUGAUAAAUUGUGCAUACUAGAUUAAUUUUUUUUUUUUUUUUUAAUCUAUUAUGUGUAAGUAAGUAAAAUAAAAUUUGUUUAUAUAAGAUUUCCUAUUGCAAUGUUCAGUUUAACAGUAAUGCUGUGUAACAGUAAUGCAGUAAAGGUGUGUGUGUUGUCCUCAUAUUUAUUCCUCGUAUUUCCAUCACUUGAAAUUGCUACUUUACAACUGCUUCAUUUAUCUAUAGAUAGCCACAUAGAAAUGUUGCUUGUGAGAGGUGAGCCGUUUAAUGUUUAUGAUACUUUUUCCUGUGUCUAAUUAUGUUUGUGUCCCUAUAUGUACAUAACAAUAAAAUAAUGUUGGGCUCCA